AUGACCCGACGCCUAGGUAUUUUCUUGCUCAGUGGCCGGCAUGCCUGGGUGGAUGUAUCACCGGAUGUCCUGAUUGCAGACGUAAGGCGCAAGGCAGAGAGAAGCCUUGAAACUUACUUGGAGGGCCUCGUCUCAGAAGCCGGGGAGCCACUGCAGGAAUGGAGCACGGUGCAUCUGGCGGACCUGGAGGAUGGAGGGAAGCUCUUUGCUCAUGUGAAGGCACGGAAGCUUUUCCCGCUGUCGCAAGGCGAGCGACAUCAUCUCCUGUCCAUCAACGCGCGCCAGCUGCGCGACCUGGACAAGAACAUCGGAGAGGCCGGGGUCCUUCCUGCCCAGGACAUUGAGCAGGAGCUCAAGCUUUGCGGCGCGGAUGCCCUGGUGGCAGCGACGACACCGACGCCACCGCAGAUUUUAGGUUUGGCUGCUGAAGCCAAACAGCGGGCAGAGGCGAUUGCAGAGGAUGCUGCCGUCGGCGGCCCGCUGCUCUGCGAAUCACCUCACCACUCCGGGGCGCAGCGGACAAGGAAGCGCUGCCCAUGUCGCAGGCAGACGGCACAGAGGCAGCUCACAAACUUUACGGUUCCGAUGGUCUUUUCACAACUUUUUCACCAUGUUGUGACCAUGAGGGACUCCUUGCCGGCUGCCCGGGGGCGGUUUGCCUACGUCAUCAACUUGCGGCUGGGCGAGGGAUCUCCAGGUCCGGGUUGUGAGCAUCCGGACCUGUUACAAAGCCCACGCUAUUUUGCUUUCACGCAGCCCGAGCCUGGCAUGGGGGAGUGCGAGGGUCAAACAAAGCCUCUUCUCAGGUGGGGCAAGUCCAGCGAAUAUGUGCUUGGCGCUCUCGUGCUGGGGCACUCGAUCAAGCGGAGUGGCUCCAAGCACGCCUUGGUUUGUCUCUAUGCCGACGACGUGCCUCCGUCUUGUGUGAAUCUAUUGUCCAGAAUUUGGGACUGCCGGCCCGUGCAGCACAUCGCGGUGGCGGCCGACAAGCUCGGAAACUCCUCUCCAGGACAUCGCUUCGCAAAGGUCUUCACGAAGCUGCGUUCCCUGGAGCUGGUUGAAUUUGAAAAAAUUCUCGUGCUUGACAUCGACAUUUACGUGCGCGGCAAUGUCGAUGAUCUUUUCCAGUUACAAGCACCCGCUGCUAUGCGACGAGGGAUACAUGGAUGGAAGGCACUGAAGACAGGUGACGCCCUGGAUGGGCGAGACUUCUUCAUGGGUCGCGAUUACAGCGGCUGGUCCUGGGGCCAGGGAACAGGCAUAAAUGCCGGAGUUAUGCUCCUACAACCUGACCUCGACAUUUUUCACGAGAUGCUUGGUGAACUCUCAGAUCCGCAUCAUCCGGAGCACUGCGUGGGCAAUGGCCCUGAGCAGGACUAUUUGAGCAGAUUCUGGGCAGAUGCGCCCUGGCGACACAUCGGUGUAGAAUAUAACUUUCAAAUCCACCAGAUGUUCCUGGCCCUCCAUCCGGACCGCGUGGCGAGCGCACACCGGAUUCGGCUGCUGGAGGACCAGAGCCAAAUCAAGAUAGUGCACUUCUCGGGUGAUGACAAGGCAAAGCCUUGGCGACGCAUUCUCGACGAAAGCUUGAGCGGCUACUGGCCGGACAGGGCCAAGGAUGAUGCCUUCCUGUCUCUCUUCUUCCAAGAGUUUCAGGGCUACUGGCUCUGGGUGAAGCGGGACCUUGAAUGGCUGAAGUCCUCCAAAGAGGACCCGCAUCGCGGAUGGGAGUAUGCCGACCUGCAGAUCAGCGACGGGCACAUGUAUAGGCAGCCUGCCGAUGGCGAUGCCUCUGCAUCUGCCGUUUGUGUGACGCUGUCCCCGGAGGUUGAGAAGGCGGUGGAUGGUUUUGUCCGCACCGUUCUUAAUGAGUGGUUCGAAGCCCUGGGAGAGUUGGAGGCGGAUUUGGGCUUGAACCUCCAGCAGGAGUUGCCAAGGUGCUUGAAAACCGCCGAGCUGGCAGAGGGAGAAGGUCAGCCUGCUGCCGCUGCCGAACCGCCGAUCACCUUUGCUCGUGACAGCUUGUUCACUUGGAAGCGAGAUGCAGGGUGGUGGACGGAGGAUUGGCCUGCAGAGCCCUGCUUCAAAGCUACAGUGUUGUGCAGUGCUGCCGAUGCCGCGAUCUUUGUAACGUUUCUUGAGGACGGCGUGGCGACUCUGUGCGCUUGUCCAGAGAAUGCCUCAGGCGUCUUCGCGAAGGUUGCAGGCGAGGACAGGGUGGAGGCAGAGGCGGCAGUGGUGGCCGCUUGGGCAGAAACCUUGACACCAGGCACGCCGCUGAUGUUGGCGGUCUUCGGAUCUGAUGCUGCGCUGCUUCAGGCCUUGGCUCCUUUGGGCCUUCCACCACCUCGGGGUCCAUGCAGAGCCUUUGCCGCCGUGGGCCAAGCAAAGUCUUCUUGGGUGACGCAUGCAUCCUGGGAUGCUGCCUAUGUCUCGGUCCCCUUGCGCAGAACAUGA